ACGAGGACGACUUCAGCAGCAGAUAUGCUAACUCAACUGAAAGCUCAGCUUCUGUUUGGCUUCCUGUGUCAAGUAGCCUGUCCCCUCACCUAUGGCUUCCCUGUAGAUUCUGGAACUGAGUUCCGAUCUGCUUUCUCUGUUGCUCGAACCAGCAGCAUGGAAGGAAGCACCGAAAUGGUGAUCACUUUUGACAAGGUGUACGUGAACAUUGGUGGUGAUUUUGAUCCCAAGGCUGGAUUAUUCCGGUGUCGUAUCCCUGGUGCCUAUUACUUCUCCUUCACAGUUGGGAAGUACCCCAAGAAAAACUUGUCAGUCAUGCUGAUGAGGAAUAAGAAUGAGGUGCAAGCAAUUGUGUAUGAUGAACAUCACCGUAAAGAGCGGAAGGUGGCCAGUCAGAGUGCCAUGUUACAGUUGGAUUAUGGUGACACAGUCUGGCUGCGUUUACAUGGAGACCCCAAAUAUGCCCUUUAUAGCAAUGUGGGCCCUUAUACAACUUUUAACGGGUACCUCAUCUAUCCAGACACUUCUGGCUAUUUUCAAAACAGCCUCAGCUCCCAAGAACUAGGAGAUGCUUCAGGGCCUCCCCCUCACACAAUUCAGCAUCUUUCUGUGAACCAGAAUGAAAUCUCAGAGAGACAUGUGGUUUCUGACCAGCCAAGCCGAUCGCAGGACCCUCGCUCAGCGUUUUCUGCUGCCCGUUCAGAAAGCCUCCUGGGAUCAGAUGAGAAGCAGACACAGCACGAGCCCAUCACAUUUGACACAGAAUUUGUGAACAUUGGGAAAGACUUCAACUCCUCAAGUGGCAUCUUCACAUGCCGUGUUCCAGGCGCCUACUACUUCUCCUUUACAAUUGGCAAGAUGCCCUUUAAGACCAUGUCAGUGAAACUAAUGAAGAACCACAAUGAAGUACAGGCUAUGAUCUAUGAUGACAACCACUCCAAACGGCGUGAGAUGCAGAGCCAGAGCAUCAUGCUGCCUCUGCAAUAUGAUGACACCAUCUGGCUUUACAGCCACCAGCAUGAUGGCUAUGGGGCUUAUAGCAACCAUGGCAAGUACAUUACCUUCACUGGGUUCCUAGUCUACCCUGAGACUAAGCCGAAGCCACCUCCCGAUGCCAACAUGUCUCUGGGAUCAAGGAACUAAAAACUGAACAUGGAAAGAGCUUAAGAGAAGCCAGGAUGCAGUGGACUCUGGAGCAGGUCCUGGACAGACAUCAUCAUUUAAAUGACAUUGUUCAGCGCAUGCUAUUGUAUGUUCAGUGGAGUCCUUCUGCUGCACGCUUGUGUCCUGAUUACUGAGCCAUUGUUGUUCCUCCCACUCAUCCGUAGAAUGACUUUUGCAGGGUACGUGUUUCUUCAUUAUCGCUGUUCGGUUCUAGCAUAAAGCAUGAGGUAGUGGG